AUGGGUACACGUGAUUAUUCGUGGACACGACAGCGAGGCAUAUUUCCUGGUGAUGCAUUGGCUCUAUUGGAGGACUUCCUCGAUACCGAAUUCCCUAACGGUGGGCUAGUCAACCUGGCGCCACCAGAGACACAAAUGUAUUUUGAUGACGCUGUCCCAUUCCAACAGCGUUUCGCUGCAUUUCUUAACGAACAUCAAGACCAUCCUCACCAUGGUACUUGGUCAUAUAUGAAUUCACGUAUUGCACAUUACCCCAAAGACUUCUUCCCUAAUAUCAAUGUCCUUCGGCCUGAUUCUGUAUCGAUUGGACCCGUUCGAAGAAGAAUCCCAGGUGUGGGUAUGAGACAAUGCAAAUACAUCAACAUAGCAGCUAUACCUCGCAAUCCCAUCCCACGACUUGAAUAA